GUUUAGGCGCGCGAGGAAUUUCAAACGUUCGGGGAGGGAGAAGGAGCGGGCUUAUAAAGAGGAUGGGCGGGGUCGGAUGAAAGUGAACCACAUAUUUUAUUGGCGGCGGUGACUGGUGGGGCUAGUCGCCGGACGCCAAAGGCGCUUGACCUGUAGACUUUGGAGAAGAGGGAAGCUGUGGCCUAAAAACACUCCCGAGUGGACAGUUGCUUUGCCUGUGCUGAAAAAACAGAAUUGAGCCCAGAUAGUUUUUCGGACAUUCCCUUCCCGCUCAAUGGGCUAUUGCUAUUGGCGAAGGCGAACCACGCCCCUUUUCUGAAAAACAAGGUAUAGCAUGCCAGAAACUCUCAUGGCCCAGGAUCCUACAAAGCUGCAAGCAGAGGUGGAUCGACUAGCAGCUGAGCUGCAGGAGGCAAUCCAAGAGAAUGUCCAGGCAGCCCAAUAUGGUCUGGCUGUACUGGAGGAGAAUGAAGAGCUCAAGCAGCACUGUGGAGAUCUAGAAGGUCAGCUAGAGGUCCUGCGUGUAGAAUUGACCCACAUGAAGGAGGCUUUGGCAGAAUCUCAUAGCAGUCAUAAACGAGCAGCAGUUGAUGGGGAGAACCGGGAAGAGUCUCUACUCAGGGAAUCAGCUUCCAAAGAGGCCCAUCUGACUCAAACCAUUGAGGAGCUUCAAAGUGAUGUGAAAUUCCUGAAAUCCCAGCUUGACAAUACAGGGGCGGAAAAUGAGCGGCUCAGCAUAGCUCUGCGAGACUUAAGGAAGGAGUGCCAGACCCUGGAGUCUGAAAAAAAUCAAUUGCGUGAGGAGAUGAAACAAGCUAAGACACAGGAGCUUCGCCAGUUGCAGGAUUGUGGCGAGCUUGAGGAAGAAAAUAUCUCCUUGCAGAAACAGGUCUCCAUCCUCCGGGGAAAUCAGGUGGAAUUUGAGAGUGUCAAGCGUGCCUUAAGGUGCCAUGAGGAAGAGCUCAUGUUGGCUGGUUCCCAGCUACAAGAACUGGGCCGUCUUCGGGAUUUGGCCGAACAGCAACUUCAGGAGGCCCUUGAGACUGUCCAGGCUGAGCGUGAGCAGAAGCAGGAACUGCGGCGGGAGCUAGCCGUCUAUGUUGGGGGCCGUCAUGAUUCUCUGAACAGCUUGCAGGCCAACCUGGAGGAGCUCAGCCACAGCCACACCACAGAGUGCGAGGAGCAAGACAGUGGUUUUGCCAAUGGUAGCAACGUAGGGGGGGUGACAUCCACACCUCACAACUUCCAGCCUGCACCUGGUCUUGUUGCAGAUCUCUUCAGUGAACUUAACUUGGCAGAGAUUCACAAGCUACAGCAGCAACUCCAACAGGCAGAAAAAGAAAAAGCUUCACUAGCUUCAGAUCUGCAAGAUCUCAAGAAACAGCUGACCAGGACUAAGGAGAUCUUGGCCCAACAGCAGUUGUGCAACAGCCGUCAAGUAGAUCAGCUUCCAGCCCCAGAGGCUAAGCCUAGUGCUAAUAACGGUGGGGAUAGCUUGUCACCCAAUAACAGGGAAUGCUACCGUGAGGAGCUGGAAAGGGCCCAACUGGCAAUCCGGCAAGAGAGAGAGGCAGCUGCCCACCUAGAAGCUGAGUUGAGAAUUGCUAGACGGAUUACCAGAGAGUAUCAGUCACGGCUGGCUGAGACUCAGGAGGAGAUCCUUAUUUUUUCUGAAGAUAUGGCAACUCUCUACCAUCACAUCUGUGCCUGCCACAACAUAACCCCACACCGUGUAGUAUUGGACUAUUACAGGGAGGGCCGUGGUGUCCAAAGUGUGCGCAGAAGGCAGCCCUCCAGAAAACAUAUGUUCACAGAAAUAGAGACAACUAGCAGUGCAGACAGAUCACCAGCCAGUAGCUCUGGCUCCCCAUGUGGUUUGGAGCCUCUUUAUGUCACUAAUCUAACAGAGAUCUUGAGAGAACAGCUGGGGCAUCUGCAGGUGGCACUGUCCUUUGCCCAUCAGCAGCGCCCAAUGGGGCACAGAGCUGAACUGGAACGUGAUAAAGAAGUUCUGGUAGAAGAAGUGCUGAAACUGAAGUCCAUGUUGAGCACAAAGCGUGAACAGGUUGCUACACUGCGCACAGUGCUUAAGGCCAACAAGCAGACAGCAGAGGCAGCCCUCUCAAAUCUCAAAGGACAGUAUGAAGGUGAAAAGGUGCUGGUGUCAGAGACCAUGAUCAAGUUGCGUCAUGAGCUCAAGGCCUUGAAGGAGGAUGCUGCUAGUUUCUCUUCCCUACGUGCCAUGUUUGCUAGCAGGUGUGAUCAGUAUGUGAGCCAGCUAGAUGAGAUGCAACGGCAACUGGAAGCUGCAGAGGAUGAAAAGAAGACUCUAAACUCCUUGUUGCGCAUGGCGAUCCAGCAGAAGUUGGCACUCACACAUCGACUGGAGGCUCUUGAAAACCCAGUGGAAGAGUUGAGGGGCAAUAGGAGGGUACUCAGAGCAACCAAGGGUAGCGCGGUAAGAAUAAAAGGAACCACUGAGAGAUGAUGGAGGAAUAAAAAUCACCCAAUUCUUAAAUUUGCUAUAGAUGUAACACACUGUUCACCUAGCUGUAAUGGAGAGUGUUCCACAGAGCUACAUACUUAUCUCUCUUUUUGUUCUUGAAUAAGGUAUGUAGGUCUGUGGAACUCCUUUCUUUGGCACCAGUUGUAGGCAAUGUUUGGGUAGAGCUGAACUGAGCCUGCAUUGUUUUCAUAUCAAAUCCCGAUUUGCAAAUCUGCUUCUAAGCACAGUUUCUGUUCUUUACUUAAAUGCAUAAAUAUCAAUGACUUAAAUGCAUAAACGUCAUUGGACUGUAGUGAUCUCAUUAUUUUGCAGAAAUAGGAGCUAUGGGCAAAUAAUAAAAAUUAUCACCCUGGGACGAGCAGUUGCAAAUUUUGGUUAUAGAUGAAGCCAUUCACAAACUCUAGUCUGCAUGCUGGAGCAUUUCUGAAUUGCUACUUAUUUUUUAGCAAAAUAUUUCUCACAAGCCAAAGAUGAUGAUUUCAAGAAAUAAAAGGCACACAGUUGGGAUUUAUAAGAAUCUGGGGCAGUCAAGUAGUCAUAAGCUAAGUGUACCAUAUCUACAGUGAGAACAAACCUGAAAAAGAGUAAAAUCUGAGAGAUUCAUAAUGAUUAAAAAAAAUAAUUAUGUUUAUUUUUUUAAAAAAGGAGCAAAAUUAUAUUUUUAGUUUACAAAUGCAAAGAUUAAAAACUAAUGCAAACAAAAAUAUAAAAAAAGAAAAAUUAAUUGCAAAAAAAGGAAAAGGAAAAAGAUAUAUAGUAAAGGAAAAAGAUGUAAAGAAAUUACCUUCUAGAUAGGUACAACAAUCUUGAUUUUUUAUUCCUUUAAAUAAUAUCCCAGCAUUUGAUUUCUUUUCAUUUUCUCUUUGUCUCUUCUCAAAAACUCCUUCAAAACUUUAAAAGAUCUCAUUUGUAAAUCCAAAAUAAACAGUCAAGUCACCCUUUCAGUUUGUUAUUUGUAUAUCCCUUUUAAUUAAUACAUGUUUUAAGAAUUGGUAACAUGACCUUAAGCAAACCUCCACAUUUAACCUCCUUAAUAUGGGGUAAUAAUGUUGGCCAAUUAAUACUUUCUAUUCCAAGUGUUAAAUAAAUGUCAAGCAAUAUGGUAAUUAAAUCCAUGCCAUAAUCAGCAUAAUGUUGUAGAAAAUUGGUGAGAUUAUAUGGAUCUUUCUGAUCAUUUUUUUUUCUUCUCCCCAAUUUCUUUCCUCUUCCUCCUUUCAGAGAUGAGAUUAACAGGAUUCGGUACAGGAUUUCUUGGUUAUUCAGGAUUCUCUGUGACUACAGGACUCCAAUUCUCUUGAAUAACCAAAAACACUCUGGUACCUGGAAUUUGCAGCCACUCAAGAAGGAAACUGGAUAAGGAGAGAGCCUCUAGCCAGAACAUGCUUUUUUAUUAUUAUUAUGCCUCCGCCUCCUCCUCCCUGCCUUAAGAAUUCCCAAAGAUAUACUUUCUCUCUAAAUAUUCUUUGGGAACUGUUUUGUAAACUACCUGUAAUAUCUUUUUAAAGCUCUCUUCCCAUAACAGUUAUGUUAACCUUGAAUAAGGCUACACACAGUGUUAAUUGACUGAAAGAAAUUCUGCAGGGAUUGCCUUUUUCACUACCCCAUAUUUUCAUUUUUUUCCCUCAUUGACUCACCAUUUAUUCUGCUUAUUUGUUUGCCACAAGUUUUACAGGUAGCUUGAAACAGGUGCACAACUGAUGGAUCAAUGCAUAUGUAACAAUGAGAUGUAUUGUCAGAUAAAGAUAUACCUGGAAGCAAUUUUGCAGCUUGGAGCUAGGCAAGCGCCUGGUUUCUCUUAAAUGAAUGAUUUCCCUGGUUUAUAAUCUCUUUUUAACUACAAUCCAGGAAAUAAAACUGUAGUUUAAAACUUUGCAAAACAUAAGGAAUAUCAAAACACUUUGUAGUUCUAAACAGACAUAUUAUUUAACAUGCCAAAAAAGAUUAUCCUUUACAAUUGCCCUAUAAUUCUAUCCCAAGAUAGUCUGAAAUCUUUUGCAGAAUCAUAUGACAUGAUCUUUGACAUUUUUGUUUCUUUUCAUCAUUUGUUAAUUCUAUUCUUGAUAGAUUUGCAUUGUUCCAAAAACACCUGCCCAUCUAUGAUAGUUUCACAAUAUGUUUUCUCUUUCUCCCAUUUUUUACUGACAUAAUAUACUUAAAGGGGAAGAGUCUUACUGAAAUGAAUGGGGGGGGGGUCUAUAUUUGCUGAAAUAUUUUAUCUUAUUUUUUUUGGAUCAUAAUGAACCAGAAAUAGUCAUUUCUGUUUUGCAAUAUCUGAAUGUCAGAAAAUUUCUUAAUAAUAUUGUUCAGUUGAGAAAGUAAUAUAGAAUGGUCAAUCUCUAGUUUCUUGGGUGGUUUUCUCUGUGCCAGGAAGUAGAUGCAUAUAAUUACCCCUUCCUCCUUUGGCCUGGAUGCAAGUGGUUUUAAAAGCUAUUUCAAGGAUAUUGUGCCAGGCACUGGGAGAAAGGCAGAGAAAGAUAUUUUGGGCUUUGUUUAAUUAUAAUAUUGCCAGACAGAACAGUAUUGUGAAGACUGUAUGGUUGGCUGGUGCCCCCUUCUGGUGAAAAUUGGGUAGUAUAAUAUACUUAUUUAAAGAUCCCUUCUUGACCCACAUACUUGAUAACAAACAUUGGUUUUAUUGUUAAGUAAUAUUGUGUGAAAAUCUCCUUCCCCUCUUAAUUGAAUCACAUCUGUGGGAAUUUGAUAAAAGGAAGGGGUUAAGAAAUAAGAAAAAAAAUUAUCACGCCUUUGAAUUAAAAAAAACACAAAUGUUAAUAUAUAAUGGUUCUUUUGGGUUUCUCAAUAGAAAGAAAGUCCCUAUAGAAUAGUAUGCCUUCAUCAAUAUGCAAUAAUAAAAAAUAUGUAUUUUUAAAACUUAA